CCGCCCGUCGGCCUGCCCCCCACCGCAGCCAUGGACGCCAUCAAGAAGAAGAUGCAGAUGCUAAAGCUGGACAAAGAGAAUGCCAUAGACCGCGCCGAGCAGGCCGAGGCCGACAAGAAGCAAGCUGAGGACCGCUGCAAGCAGCUUGAGGAGGAGCAGCAGGCCCUCCAGAAGAAGCUGAAGGGGACUGAAGACGAAGUGGAAAAGUAUUCUGAAUCAGUAAAGGAUGCCCAGGAGAAACUGGAGCAGGCCGAGAAGAAGGCCACCGACGCUGAGGCAGAUGUGGCCUCCCUGAACUGCCACAUUCAGCUGGUAGAGGAGGAGCUGGACCGGGCACAGGAGCACCGGGCCACAGCCCUGCAAAAGCUGGAGGAGGCUGAGAAGGCAGCUGAUGAGAGUGAAAGAGGAACGAAGGUCAUUGAGAACUGGGCCAUGAAGGACAAGGAAAAGAUGGAGCUGCAGGAGAUGCAACUGAAGGAGGCCAAGCACAUCGCUGAGGACUCAGACCGCAAAUAUGAGGAGGUGGCCAGGAAGAUGGUGAUCCUGGAAGGUGAGCUGGAGCGCUCAGAAGAGAGAGCUGAGGUGGCUGAGAGUAAAUGCGGGGACCUAGAGGAGGAGCUGAAAAUUGUUACCAACAACUUGAAAUCCCUGGAGGCCCAAGCAGACAAGUAUUCCACCAAAGAGGAUAAAUAUGAAGAGGAGAUCAAACUGCUGGAGGAGAAGUUGAAGGAGGCUGAGACCCGAGCAGAGUUUGCUGAAAGGUCUGUGGCAAAGUUGGAGAAAACCAUCGAUGACCUGGAAGAGACCUUGGCCAGUGCCAAGGAGGAGAACAUGGAGAUUCACCAGACCCUGGACCAGACCCUGCUGGAACUCAACAACCUGUGAGGGCUGACCUUGCCCCAGUCAGGCCAUAGUGGCCACCCCAGACCCAAUAAAACUGACG